AUGAGCAAGGCGAGCAAGCGUGGCGCGGACGUGGGUGAGCCUGCAAAGCGCAAGGCCAAGUCGGACGAGGGCGCGGUGAAGCGUGCGCGCACAGAAGGUGCGCCGCUUGCGCCGCACCUCGCGUCGCGGCCGCAGCUAGAGUCCUUCCCCCGCGGCGGCGGCACGGGCCUGACCCCGAUCGAGUACCGCCAGACGCUCCUGGAGGGCCGCCGCGAGUUGGCAGACGACGACCUGUUUGCCGAGUCGUCGAGCAAGAAGAAAAAGGCGGCGCCGGCCAAGGCAAAGAAGGCCAAGCAGACGCGCGGCGCGCCGGAAGCGCCAAAAGACAAGACGCGUGUCGAGAUGCUCAACUACAAGCGCCUCCUUCCGGGCACCAAGAUGCUGUGCAACGUGCUCGCGGUGCACCCCCUUGCGCUCGUCGUGUCUAUGUGCGACCAGCUUGUCGGCCAUAUCCCGGUGACGUCCGUCAGCGCACGGCUCACCGACCGCCUGCAAAAGGCGCUCGACGAGGAAGACGUCGACGAUGACCUUCCUGAGCACGACCAGAGCCCCCCGGAGCUGCGCGAUAUCUAUAAAGUUGGCCAGUGGGUGCUCGCGUCCGUGGAAAAUGUCGCGGCGCCCAACGCCAAGCGCCAGUGGGGGAUGGGGCGCGAAGGCGGCGAGUACGAACGCGAGAGUCAACGUGUGCAGUUCUCGAUGGAUCCCCGCAUCGUGAACGAGGGCGUGAGUGUGUCCGACCUCGGCGACGGAUACCUUUUGCCCGCGACAAUUACCUCCCACGAGGACCACGGCUAUGCGCUGGACCUCGGCCUGGAAAGCAAGGUGCACGGCUUCCUGCCGUCGGCGAAUGCGGGCGACGAGCCCCUGCGCCUCGGCCAGGUCGUCCUUGUGGCCGUCGAGGCGGUGGCGAGCAACGGCCGCGCCGUGCGCUGCACGCUGCCGACGCAUGCGCCGCGUGCGCUCAAGACGGCGCCGAACCAAGCCGCGCUCCUGCCGGGCGAGUGCGUGCGUGCGCUGGUCACGUCGCAUACGCCGCACGGCCUCGGCGUCAAGCUGUUUGGCAUGCUCGACGGAACGGUCGACAAUGCGCACCUUCCGCCAGCUGCCCGCGACGAUCCGUCGCUCGUCGCUGCCGGAAAGAAGGUGACGCUGCGUGUGCUGUGGAAUAUGCCUGCAGACCUCGACGAGGCGUUUGCAGGCGCAGACGCAGUCGGCGCGCGCCGCAUCGGCCUGAGUGGCGCGCCGCAUAUUCUCGGCCUGCGCGCACCUCGCGAGGGCGACGCGGCGCUCCCGGACGCGUAUCCGAUCGGGUCCAAGUGCCGUGUGCGCGUCGUGAGUGUCGCGAGCGAGUGGGGCCUGCUGUGCGAGGUGCUCGGCAAGGACGUGCAGGGCUUUGUGCACAUUUCGCGCGUCGCCGACGAGCACAUUGACGCGCUUCCGCCCAGCCAAGGCGCCUACAAGAUCGGCAGCGAGCACGAGGCGCGUGUCGUAGGCCACGCCAUGACCGACCGCCUGCUCCUGCUAAGCACGCAGCCGUCGAUCCUCGCAAAGCAGUACAUGCGCGUGAGCGAAGUGCCGCUCGGCGAAGUCGUGCGUGCGUCGGUGCGCCGCGUCACGCCGAAAGCCAUCUUUUUGCGCCUGAACGGUAACGUCGACGGCGUCGUCUUUCCCCUGCACUUUUCCGACGUGCACCUCAAGCACCCCGAGAAAAAGUACAAGCCGAACCUAGAGCUGAAUGCCAAGGUGAUUCAUACGGAUCCCUCCCAGAACCGCAUUGUCCUCUCGCUGAAGCGCUCGCUCAUCGAGUCCGAGCUGCCGUUUAUCGGCGCGAUGGACGACGCGCGUGUCGGCGUCGUGACCAACGCCGUCGUGCUCAAGCACCUCCAAAAGAGCUUCCUGGUGGAGCUCGGCGGGACGGUGCGUGCGGUCGUGCCGUUUGUCGAGGCGUCCGACACGGCGCUGACCCCGAUGCAGCUCGCGGAGCUGUAUCCCCCGGCCAAGGUCGUCAAGGUGCGCCUGACGCAUGUCGAGCCUGAGACGGGCCGUAUCGUCGCGAGCAUCAAGCAGACCGCACCGGCGUUCCUCGAGAAGCUCAAUGUCGACACGGUCGACAUUGGCGAAAAGGUCGCGGCGCGCGUCGCGAGCAUCCGUGACGACGUCGCGAUCCUGGUGCUCGAGCCGGCGGGUACGCGUGCGCUCCUUGCGCUCUCGAGUCUCGCGCGCAUGCGCAAGACAAACGUCAAGGCGGUGCGCGAAGAGGUCAGCGAGGGCGACCUCCUCGACGGGCUCUAUGUCCUGAACAAGGUCCCGGAAAAGGGCCUCGUGAUCCUCGGCGACAUCUCGCCGAGCCAAAAGGCGGCCGUUGCGCCGGGAUCCGAGGUCAAGGGACGUGUGACCGAGGUGCACAAGAAGCAGCUACAGUGCACGGUGCAGCUCCCCGGCUGCCGCGCACGUCUGCACCUUGCCGAGACCGCCGACGACCUCGAAAAGGCGGCGCUCCCGGAGGAGGGCGAGACGGUCGUUGCCACCGUGCUCGAUACACGCCGCAGCGGACGCGAGGCGGAUAUCUCGACGCGUGCGUCGCGCGCGGAUGCGAGCAUCGCGGCCGUGGACCCGGCCGUGGACAGUGCGUCGCAGCUCGAGGUCGGCGCGCAGCUGCGCGGCCUCGUCAAGGCGGUCACCGACAAGGGCGUCUAUGUCUCGCUUGGCCGCCGCACAGACGCGCGUGUGAUGAUCAAGGAGCUCUUUGACGAGUACGUCAAGGAUUUCCGGACCAAGUUCCACGUCGGCCAGCUCGUCAAGGGUACGGUCCUGAGCGUGGACGGCGACAAGGUCGAGUUCUCGCUCAAGGCGUCGCGCAUGGGCGCGCCGGUCAGCAAGGAGCGCAAGACGUCGAACCGCCUGCGCGACUAUGCGGCGGGCGACAAGGUCGAUGCGUACAUCCGCGGCACGGCCGAGUACGGCGUGUUUGUACAGAUCAACGACACGGAUAUCAGUGGCCUGUGCCACAAGAGCGAGCUGUCGGAUACGCCGAACGCGGACGCUGUGCGUGCGUUUGCCGUUGGCGACCGCGUCAAGGCAGUCGUGCUCAAGGUCGAGGCGGACAAGGGCCGUAUCUCGUUCGGCCUCAAGCCGUCGUACUUUAGCGAUGCCGACUAUGAGGUGGACGAGGACGAGGAGGAUGACGAGGAUGACGAAGACCUUGUCAAUGAUGAAGAUGAAGACCUUGUCGAGGACGACGUCGAGAUGAAAGACGACGAUGAGGAAGAGGACGACGAUGAGGACGACGAUGAGGACGACGAGGAUCUCAUUGACGACGAAGCUCAAGUCGACGACGACGACGACGACGACGAGGAAGAGGAGAAGGAAGAGGGCGACGACGAUCUUCGCUUCAUUAACGAUGACGACGAGGACGAGGAUGAGGACGACGAGGAUGAAAACGAGGACGAGGACGAGGACGAGGACGAGAACGACAAUGGCGGCCCUGCCGACUAUGUCGAGUCCGGCUCCGACUCCGAGCCCGAGCCGGCGCCUCAGCCGACCCUCUCGCUGCAGGACGGCUUCCGGUGGGACGCCCCCCUUGGCGGCGACGACGACGAGUCGAGCGACGAGGAGGACGCUGCGCCGAAGCGCCCCAAGAAGGCGGCCAUCAGCGAGGACAUCACCGCCGACCUCGCGAGCAAGAAGCUCGAGUCCGCGUCGGACUUUGAGCGUCUGCUGCUCGGCUCGCCGAACAGCUCGUACCUCUGGAUCCAGUUCGUGAGCUUCUACCUGCAGCUCGGCGAUGUCGACAAAGCGCGGCAAGUCGCCCGCCGUGCCAUCCAGACGAUCAACUUCCGCGAGGAGCAAGAGAAGCUCAACGUGUGGAUCGCGCUCAUGAAUGUCGAAAACAUGUACGGCACGCCCGAGACCCUCGCGGCCGUCUUCCGUGAGGCGACGCAAGUCAACAAUGCCAAGGAAGUACACCUCCGUCUCCUUGCCAUCUACGAGCAGUCGAACAAGAUCAACGAGGCGAUCGAGCUCUUCCGGCGCACCGCCAAAAAGUUUGGCUACAGCGCCGGGGUGUGGGUGCAGUGGUACCAAUUCUACCUGCGCCACGGCCGCCCCGACGACGCGCACGCGCUCGUCCCCCGCAGCCUGCAGAGUCUCGAGCGCCAGAAGCACAUCAAAGCGCUCACUGCCUACGCACUGUCCGAGUACAAGGUCGGCGACGUGGAGCACGCGCGCACGCUCUUUGAGACGUUGGUCGAACGCUACCCCAAGCGCCUCGACCUCUGGUGGCAGUACAUCGACCAAGAGGCGCGCCUCGAGAACAUUGCCGGCGUGCGCACCCUCUUUGAGCGCGCCAUGACCUCGCGCAGCAACUCGACGAAGCAGACCAAGGCCCUGCUCCAAAAGUGGCUCGUGCUGGAGAAGCGCAUCGGCGACGCGAAAGGCGUCCAGGCCGUCCUGAACCGUGCGCGCGAGUUUGUCGCGAGCGUGCAAGGCGAGGAGGCAUCAUAG